ACUCGUACCGGGCGCCUGUGUGCGUGCGCUCGCCCCUGGGCGCUGCUGUCUGUGUGUGCCCCCGGCUUCCAAUCGUUCCUUUGGGAGGGGGAGGAGUGGCUGCGAGGAGUGAGAGACUGGCGGGCAGGCUGAGGAGAAGGGAGGGGAGCAGAGGGAGGGGGAACCCGGCCCGGGAGGAGGAGAGAGGCGAGGAGGCGGCUCUGGCAGCGCGCGGCGGCGGCGGCAGCGGCGGCGGCAGCGGCGGCGCGGAGAGCUUGGACUGGGAACCCAGAGCUCGCUGGGCAGCGGGAGAGGAGGAGCCGCAGGAACUGCAGCUCUGUCAGCUUGGGCCGAGCCUAGAGACACCGGCCUGGCUGGUCCACGCCAGCCGCAGACAGUGGCUGAGCAUGGAGCUGUCCCCCCGCAGUCCUCCGGAGAUGCUGGAGUCGGAUUGCCCGUCACCUCUGGAGCUGAAGUCAGCUCCCAGCAAGAAGAUGUGGAUUAAGCUCCGGUCUCUGCUGCGCUACAUGGUGAAGCAGUUGGAGAAUGGGGAGGUAAACAUCGAGGAACUGAAGAAAAACCUGGAGUACACAGCUUCUCUACUGGAGGCAGUCUAUAUAGAUGAGACACGGGUCUCUGGGCUGUGGAAGAACCUGCCAUCUUUCCUCUGUGACUCCCCUUCUGGGGUCUCAGGCACAUCUUGGACACGGAGGAUGAACUGCAGGAGCUGCGGUCAGAUGCUGUGCCUUCAGAGGUGCGGGACUGGCUGGCCUCCACCUUCACCCAGCAGGCCCGGGCCAAAGGCCGCCGAGCAGAGGAGAAGCCCAAGUUCCGGAGCAUCGUGCACGCUGUGCAGGCUGGGAUCUUUGUGGAACGGAUGUUCCGGAGAACAUACACCUCUGUGGGCCCCACCUAUUCCGCUGCAGUCCUCAACUGUCUCAAGAACCUGGACCUCUGGUGCUUUGAUGUCUUUUCCUUAAACCGAGCAGCAGAUGACCACGCCCUGAGGACCAUUGUUUUUGAGUUGCUGACUCGGCAUAACCUCAUCAGCCGCUUCAAGAUUCCCACUGUGUUUUUGAUGAGUUUUCUGGAGGCCUUGGAGACAGGUUAUGGGAAGUACAAGAAUCCUUACCACAACCAGAUCCACGCAGCUGAUGUCACCCAGACGGUCCACUGCUUCUUGCUCCGCACAGGGAUGGUGCACUGCCUGUCAGAGAUUGAGGUCUUGGCCAUCAUCUUUGCUGCAGCCAUCCAUGACUAUGAGCACACAGGCACCACCAACAGCUUCCACAUCCAGACCAAGUCAGAAUGUGCCAUCCUGUACAAUGAUCGUUCAGUGCUGGAGAAUCACCACAUCAGCUCUGUUUUCCGAAUAAUGCAGGAUGACGAGAUGAACAUUUUCAUCAACCUCACCAAGGAUGAGUUUGUAGAGUUGCGGGCCCUGGUCAUCGAGAUGGUGUUAGCCACAGACAUGUCCUGCCAUUUCCAGCAAGUGAAGUCCAUGAAGACGGCCUUGCAGCAGCUGGAGAGGAUUGACAAGUCCAAGGCCCUGUCUCUACUGCUCCAUGCUGCUGACAUCAGCCACCCAACCAAGCAGUGGGCGGUCCACAGCCGCUGGACCAAGGCCCUCAUGGAGGAAUUCUUCCGCCAGGGUGACAAGGAGGCAGAGCUGGGCCUGCCCUUUUCUCCUCUCUGUGACCGCACUUCCACUCUGGUGGCACAGUCCCAGAUAGGUUUCAUCGACUUCAUCGUGGAGCCCACGUUCUCUGUGCUGACUGACGUGGCAGAGAAGAGUGUCCAGCCCCUAUCGGAUGAAGACUCCAAGUCUAAAAACCAGCCCAGCUUCCAGUGGCGCCAGCCCUCUCUAGAUGUGGAAGUGGGAGACCCCAACCCUGAUGUGGUCAGCUUCCGUGCCACCUGGAUCAAGUACAUUCAGGAGAACAAGCAGAAAUGGAAGGAACGGGCUACAAGUGGCAUCACCAACCAGAUGUCCAUUGACGAGCUGUCCCCCUGUGAAGAAGAGGCCCCGCCCUCACCUGCCGACGACGAACACAACCAGAAUGGGAAUCUGGACUAGCCCCGGGCCUGGCCCAGGUCCUCAUUGAGCCCAGUGUUCGACAUCAUCAGCACCAUCCAUCAGGACUGGCUCCCCCGUCUGCUCCAAGGGAGCAUGGAGGUUGUGGAAGAGAAAACCCACCCGAAGGCCACAUGCCAGAGAUUGUGGGGUUGGGGGAAGGGCCCCUCCCCACCUGACACCCACUGGGGCAUACAUUAAUGUCCCGGCAGCAAGACUGGGGAACAUCAGGCUCCCAGUGGUCACUGUGUCCCUCCCCCAGCCUCUGGGCUCUCCCCAUGGCCAGGUGGCUGCCUGGGAGGGGAGAGCUUCAUGGGGCUUCCCAGGGCCUGGGGGGGGAGGGUCAGAGAUGCCAGCCCCUUUGGCCCUCCCCUGUCCUAUUUGCCUCCAAGUUUCUAAGCAAUACAUUUUGGGGGUUCCCUCAGUCCCCCACCCCAGAUCUUAGCUGGCAGGUCUGGGUGCCCCUGCUCCUCCCCUGGGAAGGGCUGGAACAGGAUAGAAAGCCAGGAUUUUCAGAGCCCUGUAUGUGGGGAGGGACUGGAGUGGGCUCCUUCAGGGCAUGGUACCUUCCAGGACCUGGGAACAGGGAGGUGUCCUCUUCACCCCAGACUCACACUGCUUCAGCCCAUUCUCAGCCCGACCCCCGCAAUCUUCCCUCCCUCCCACUCUGAAACAGUGACUGGGGGAAAAGAGGAGCCAUUGGGACCAGGGGCUGAGGGGAGGCCUUUCCUGAAGCCCUCAAGAACUCGGGACUGGUCUGGGCCCCUGGGGCUUGUCACUUGCCCUGGCUGAGUCCCCCAAGCUCUUUACCUCCCUCUGCUCCCCUGGGGCUGGGAGGCUCCCAUCCGACCAAUGUCUGUAAAGUGCUUUGAGAUCUCCCCAGCAAAGCACCUUCAGGAUGUAUCUUAUCAGCACAGGCAGGAGAGACCAGCCGGGUUGGGGUCAAGGCUGCGUGGGGAGGGUAAGGUAUAAUCCAGGAAUCCUGUGUUGCCAACAGAGAGGGUCCAUUCCCUCCCUCCGUCUCUCAGAACUGGCCCGGCUGCAGGCACGGAGAGGCCCCUCCCCUGGGACAAGUAGGGAGUGGUGGGUGAACGGCAGAUGGAGGAGGGGCUCAGGGCUGCCGCUGUCAUGGCCUCUGGAGAGAGCCCGGCCAGGCCUGGUGCCCCUUCCUCUCCUUGGCCUCCUCCUUGCUCCCACCUUGCCCCAGGAAAGGCCACAGUCCAGGUGACUGCCCUUCUCCUUCCUUGUAAAUACCAACCAUCCAUUUGUACAGUGGGCCCUGUUCAUGUGAAAUCCACAUCCAUGGUCUCUUAGACCUGCCACCCUGAUACCUGUCCUCCCACCCCACCCCUAGUGGGGCAGAGACGCAUGUGACUCACCCCUGCCCAUGGUCUCCCAGACCCCUGCUAUAGCCAGAGAUCAAUAAAGAAGAGAGACCUGG